GAGCGGUGAGGCGCCGGGCGGCGGGGAGGGCCCUGCCCUGAGGAGAAGGGGCGGCGAAAUGGCUGGGCCUUUCUGUUGCAGGCAUCGAGAACCUGCCCUGCGAGCUGCAGCGGAACUUCCAGCUGAUGCGGGAGCUGGACCAGCGGACGGAAGAUAAGAAAGCAGAAAUUGACAGUCUUGCAGCAGAAUACAUCGAAUCGGUGAAGAACAUGUUACCUGAGGAGCGAGUGGAACACCUGAAGAAAAUCCAGAGUGCCUACAGCAAAUGCAAAGAGUACAGUGAUGAUAAAGUCCAGCUGGCCAUGCAGACGUACGAGAUGGUGGAUAAGCACAUCCGCCGGCUGGAUGCAGACUUGGCGCGGUUUGAAGCGGAUCUGAAAGACAAACUGGAAGGCAGCGACUUUGAAAACGCUGGAUCUCGAAGCCUGAAAAAGGGACGAAGUCAGAAAGACAAAAGAGGCUCUCGCGGUCGAGGCAGACGAACGUCUGAAGAAGAUACACCAAAGAAAAAGAAACUCAAAGGAGGAUCUGAGUUUGCUGAUACCAUCCUGUCAGUGCAUCCCUCGGAUGUCCUGGACAUGCCAGUGGACCCCAAUGAACCUACCUACUGCUUGUGUCACCAGGUGUCUUAUGGAGAGAUGAUUGGCUGUGACAACCCGGAUUGCCCAAUUGAGUGGUUCCACUUUGCUUGUGUGGACCUCACCACCAAACCAAAAGGGAAAUGGUUUUGUCCUCGUUGUGUUCAGGAAAGAAAGAAAAAGAAGUAAGGAGUAGAGGGAAAUAAAUCCUCGGAGGCAAGAAGAAUUUAAUAUAUUCCUUCAUUCAUGUUGCAA